CUGUGACGCGCCAUCCGAAGCCCAUAUAAGGCAAAGCGUUUCCAAUUCCGACAUAGAGCUUUGCCUUGCAAAGGUAGUUAUACACUUUGUUUGUCGCUAAGCCUCAACAGCCUUCACCAUGGCCCUUCUCGCUCAGCAGCGUCUGACCGCCUCCGCCCGCGCUGGCCGCCCCAGCCGGUCCCGCGUGGUGUGCCCUGCCAUUCGCGCUGAGGGUGGCAAGGUCAAGAUCGGCAUCAACGGCUUCGGCCGCAUUGGUCGCCUGGUGAUGCGCGCCACGAUGCUGCGCCCCGACAUCGAGGUCGUGGCCAUUAACGACCCCUUCAUUGACUCGGAGUACAUGGCUUACAUGUUCAAGUAUGACUCCGUGCACAAGGUCUGGCCCGGCAAGGUGGAGGGCAGCGCGGAGGGCUUCUUCGUGGAGGGCCGCAAGGUCCACACCUUCACGGAGACUGACCCCACCAAGAUUGACUGGGCUAGCGCUGGCGCUGACAUCGUCGUUGAGAGCACUGGCGUGUUCACCACCAUCGACAAGGCUGCUCUUCACCAGAAGGGCGGUGCCAAGAAGGUCAUCAUCUCUGCUCCCUCCAACGAUGCCCCCAUGUACGUGAUGGGCGUCAACCACGAGAAGUACGACCCCGCUAAGGACCACAUCAUCUCCAACGCCUCCUGCACCACCAACUGCCUGGCUCCCCUGGCCAAGGUUGUGAACGAGAAGUUCGGCAUCAAGGAGGGCCUGAUGACCACCGUGCACGCCUCCACCGCCACCCAGAAGACCGUGGACGGCCCCAGCCGCAAGGACUGGCGCGGCGGCCGCGCCGUGAACGGCAACAUCAUCCCCUCCUCCACCGGUGCCGCCAAGGCUGUCGGCAAGGUGCUGCCUGAGCUGAAGGGCAAGCUGACCGGCAUGGCCUUCCGCGUGCCCACCAACGAUGUGUCUGUGGUCGACCUGACCAUCACCCUGGAGAAGGCCACCACCUACGAGGAGAUCAUGGCCGCCCUCAAGUCCGCCUCCGAGAACGAGCUCAAGGGCGUGAUGGCCUACACCACCGACGACGUCGUCUCCUCCGACUUCAUCACCGACCCCGCCUCCUGCACCGUGGACGCCAAGGCCGGCAUCAUGCUGAGCCCCACCUUCGUCAAGCUGGUGGCCUGGUACGACAACGAGUGGGGCUACAGCAACCGUGUGGUGGACCUGGCCCUGCACGUCGCCAAGAAGAGCGCCCUGGUCAGCGCUUAAGCGUGAUGCGAGUGCUGGAGGAGUGCCGCGUUGGGCUGGUUUGUUGAUGAUGGAAAACUCAAGGUCGGAUGGUGGGGUUGGUUGGAGGGGACCAUUGUAGGGAGUAGCGGUGGAGGAAGUAAUAAAGAAUGGGGAGCUGGAGGGGCUUUCCCUAAACGGCGUUCGUCUUUGUGGUACAGUAGGAACGUAUUUUGGUGGGUUUGUUGUGUGGUGGUGGUGGUGGUGGUGACAGGAAGAAGGAAUGUUGCAAAGCGGUGGCAUCAUCAGGUCAUGAUGUAUGUUGCGGCAAAGUGCACUCUCCUGCCUCUUCAAACACAAGGAAAAUUCGCGAAGAUUGGCCUGUUUGCAUUUUGCAUCGUUGCACAGCUGGCAUUGGCCCGCAUUAGGCCACGGAUGCACGCUGCUGGAUGCACGCUGCUUGUGCAUUAAAUGGUUGAUUAGACGACGAAGAAGAAGCUUUGACGGCACAUGGUGAAGCCGGAUCUGUCGCUAGUAAGGGUUUGUGAUAGGAGGUAUCGCGCGCUGCUCUUGAUGUGCGUGUGCAUGCUUUGCUUGACAUCAUAUGACCUUGUUAGUGUGCAGAAUUUUUUUGCGUGAACUGUGAUUCAGAUUUGGUUGUUUCACCGGCUUUUGUGUGGUAGUGGAGUCUCGGUUGUGGUUUUGUUGUUGUGAACGGUCUUGGGUGUCUACGGUUGUGUCGUGGCCCCAAAGAGGAGAAGAAUAUGAAGAGACGCUGCAACAUGGGAGUCUUGCGUGCAUCGAUGCUGAAGUAUGAUGCAUCGAAGAUACACCGUGUAACGCUAUUUGUCAAAAUCAAGGGUGCUUUGCUCUCAGCUCGCCAAUGUAGAGCAGACACGUGCGCAACAUUCAGAAUGCGAGUUAAUACAGGGAGGUGACAACAAUCCAAGUGCAGCGCACGAUCCUAUCAUAGUGAGAGCUCGGUACUUUGGCCCGUGCUGGUGCCGUACGGGAAAGCACGCUGUACGGCAAGGUAGAACAAUGUCUGCAGCCAAACUGUAGUGUCCUUAGCACGUCCUUUCUGCUUCCUGGUUGGCUACCGUCUCCUGCUCCGGCUGCCGUCAUGAUAGGUGCGCUGUUGGAAUGCAAAGGUUACCGCUAGUAGGGUGACCGGACCUCCUGGAAACCGUACAAGAGACCGAAUCGCUAGCGAGCUGUUAGGUGUGCUUCAAGGACUGAUCGACCGCUGGAUAAAGCUGAGAGCUUUAGCUCUUGAUCUUUUUGCAAAGGCAUGUAACGUGCAUGUCCGGCCCUCAACCAUUUCCAGACUCAUGUUACAUAUAGAAGCAGGCCACACACAUGAAACCCACAAGGGGCUGCCCUACAAUUGCGUACAUUUGCGUGUAAAAGGUUCCCGCCCGUACAGACAUAUUCCAGCUGGGGAGGACGCAACACUGC